UGGCGCUCCCCAGGACCGCCCGCCACUCUCCGGGGCACGCCGCCGCCGCCGCCGCCGCCGCCGCCGCUGCCCGGCGCCGCAGCCCACAGCCCGCGGCCCAGCCCGCGGACGCCCCCGGCCAGGCGACGGGGACCCGCGCCUGAGCAUCCCGGGGCGUGCGCUGGGUGCGAAAGCGGGGGGGGGCGGGAGGAAAGGGGGCGGAGGAGUUCCUGAUUCCCCGGCGGACCCAGGAAGUUGUCCUUAAAAAAAAAAUUAUAUCGCCGGCCCGUGGUUGAGCAGCCCCCUCGUCAGAGCAGCAUGUGGACUGGCUCGCCGGGUCCCCUAAGUGCUGUGUGGCUGCCGCCGCCGCCGCCGCCGUCAGAGCUGCCGCUGCCGGCCGCAGGAGCCCCGCGCGGGGCGAGGAGCGGGGACGCGCGGCCGCCGCGUCCCCUGCUUGCUGCUGGCCGCUUCUUCUCGGGAGGUGGCAGUCACUGCUGCUGCUGAGAAACCAGCCCGCAUUUCCACGGCUGGUCGUCUGGUGAGGAGUUGAGACUCUGCGCCUCCUGCUUGGACCCACAUGGCUUGUUACCUGGUCAUCAGUUCGAGACAUCUCAGCAAUGGGCACUACCGGGGCAUUAAAGGAGUCUUCAGAGGGCCCCUCUGCAAGAACGGAUCUCCCUCUCCGGAUUUUCCAGAAAAGGAGAAGUCCACAGCAAAGGCCCUGGAAGAUGUAAAGGCAAACUUUUACUGUGAAUUAUGUGACAAGCAGUAUCACAAGCACCAGGAGUUUGACAAUCAUAUUAAUUCUUACGAUCACGCUCAUAAGCAGAGACUGAAGGAAUUAAAGCAACGGGAAUUUGCUCGAAACGUAGCUUCCAAGUCAUGGAAAGAUGAGAAGAAACAAGAAAAAGCACUUAAACGGCUCCAUCAGCUGGCCGAGUUAAGACAACAGUCUGAAUGUGUUUCUGGAAAUGGACCAGCAUACAAAGCUCCCAGGGUAGCCAUAGAAAAGCAACUUCAGCAAGGAAUUUUCCCAGUUAAGAAUGGCAGAAAAGUAUCAUGCAUGAAGAGCACUCUUCUCCUUAAAGGAAAGAAUCUGCCCAGAAGCAUUUCCGAUAAACAGCGGUCCACCAUGCAAAACCGACACCAGUUACAAAUGGACAGACGUUAUUUGUUUGGAAAUCGGGUACCACAAGCCUCUUCGGAUCUCAGCAAUGCAAACCACAGGACAGGAGUAUCAUUUUCUUUUUCCAAAAAAGUGCAUCUGAAAUUAGAAUCUUCAGCCUCUGUUUUCAGUGAGAACACAGAGGAAACCCACGAUUGUAGCAAGUCACCCAUCUAUAAAGCAAAACAAACUGCGGAGAAAUGCAAGUGCCGCAGGUUUGCAAAUGAGGAUACACAUCUCACUAAGGAAAAAGAUAUAAACAUCACCCCAAGCCAUCUGGAAAGUGUCUUGCACAAUACCUUCUCUAUAAGCUCUCAAAUCUUGCAAGACAAAGAUGACUCUAUUGAUGAAACACUAGAAGAUUCGACUGGCAUUCAUGCUUCAUUCUCUAAAUCUGAUAUUCAUCUUUCAGAUGUGGAUUUUACUCCUUGCAGCAGAGAAAAAGAAACUAGAAGUACAGUGAAGAACACUUCAGAAAACUGCAUUCUUCACUCAUGCCAAGCAAAUCCUUCCUCCAGCCCACCAAAUAUUUACAAGCACAGUGAUGCCAGGAUAUUUGAAUGUCUGGAUGAGUUUCCAUCACUGGAGCCAAGAAAGCAAAACACCACAGUGCAUCUGAAUCCCAAUUCCAGAAUGGAGAAGAGAGAAGAAUCUUUAGAUGAAACAGAAAGUGUUAGCAGAGAUGUACAGAGGCUUGUAAGAGAUGCAUGUCCCCAUGAUGUGAAGUCGAAACCAUUGCCUUUUCUCCACGUACAAAGUAAGGAUGGCCACACCACCCUCCAGUGGCCUACGGAACUUCUGCUCUUCACGAAAACAGAGCCCUGCAUCUCUUAUGGAUGCAACCCAUUGUAUUUUGAUUUUAAGCUUUCUCGGAAUGCAAAGAGUGACCAUGAUUCAGAGGGCCUAAAAACAGAAUUGAUGAAGGAGCCCUCAGAAAUGAAGACAACAAUAGAGAGCCAAGUCUCAGGUUUAAUUGAAGACCAACAAAAAUUGAUCCAAGAAGAUGAUCAAUCUCUGAAACCAAAGAUGAUGAUAGCUAAUCCAGAUUGGGAAAAUUUUCAGAGAAAAUCUAAUUUGGGCUACGAUGAUUCUGAGCCAAAUAUGAGUCAACAUAAUUUUAGUGCAAGUGAUUUGGAAAUGAAAAAUCCUGAAGUGCCUGCUUACCUUGAUAUCUCUCUAAAGAAUUGUGUAGAAAACCACAAUAAUAGUGAUAAUGAACUUAAGGAACCUUCAAGGGCCCAUUGGCAAAGCUGCCCAAGGGUCAUCCUAAAUGAUGUAAAUGAGGGCCUAGCUUUUUCUCCUUGCAUCUCGAGGACUAAGAAACCAAAACUGAUUCCUUGUGAUCCUCAUUCAGAUUUUGAAGAUGGAAAUCAGUUCACCUGGAAUUCGAGUCCUUACCCAGUAAGGGGUCACAGUGAUCACGGGAAGGACGUCAGUGUAAUUUUGAAUAGUAACCACAUCAGCAUGGCCAGCAGGGCUUCCGGAUGUAGAAACAAGAGAGAUUCUCCAAACUUGUCUCUGAAUAGACUUUCUAGCCCUUCAGACACGUGCUCUGGCAGUACAUCCAGCCUGAGAAGUACUUGUUCAAGUGCUCAGUCCGGGGGUGAUGGCAGAGGUAAUUUGCUCUUCUUUUGUAAAAGAGAACACAGCUCCAUUGAAAGGCACAAAGGGAGAGAGCAAACACACAACUGUCCCUGCCCAUCUGAGGAGAUGGUCAAGGGUACCUGCCUGCCAUCUGAAAUACCGAGAGAUCAGAACUGCAGAUCGUGGGAAUCGGCUAAGAAUGAAAAACACUCCACUCAUAGAUACGGCCGCUGCAGACAAAGAUCUAAACUGGGCAAAAAUCAACAGCAGUUUUCAGGGGCCAAAUCCAGGAGAAUCCCCUACUAUGAUUCUAGCUCACAGGUGUCCUGUCCCGGGAACAGUGAAAAGCCACCAAACUGCCAGGGACCUCAGCACGGCAGAUGGGGCUCUUACUCAGGAGAGAGUAUUUAUUGCUUAAAUAAAAGUGGGAGAAGUCAAGAGUCUUUGGACAGCCCUCAUAUUUGUGACCUGGGAAAAGGAAAAUCCAUGCAGUAUAACUCUGGGAACAUCAGCUGCCUUCUGAGGAACUGUUCCAGCAGCCCUUCUGAAACCACGGAGUUGACAGAAGGAGAGAGGACUCCCCUGACAGCCAAACGCCUUUUAGAAAGAGUGCAAGCCAAGAGGUGUCAGGAACAAUCAACUAAUUUUGAGGUCUCUUCAAAGAACCGUAAAAAUGAAUCAGAGGCUCAUUCACAAAUUCAAUGCACAAUUCAGUUCACACCACUGGGCUGUCACCGACAAGCAUUGCCCUUGUCUGAAAAAACACAGAACACAAGUAAGAAAGGGAAUGAUCAAGGCGGGGCGAUUCAAAGGACUCUAGAGAAAGACCAAGUCAAAAGUUCACAGACAAAUAAUGUCACCGUUUUAGGAGAUCCUGAUUGUGAUAACCAUCUUUCUAAGGGUCUAAUUCAUGUAGUAGUGGAUUCUCAGUCACCAAACAUGAAAAAGAACCCAACAACAAAAGAACAAGUAAAACCUGUAAUUAGUGAAGUCCAACAGUUUACUCAAAGCCGUGACCCAGUACCAAAUGAUUUCCCUGGUGCUUUUUCAUCUAACAGAUAUACCGGUGUUACUGAUUCAACAGAGACCAAAGAGUACCAAAUAAAUCUAGACUUGCGGGAUGUGAGCAUGCCUAUGGAUCAUGGAGAGGGGGAUAUAAACUCUUACUCUGACAGAACUAUGCAUAAGCAUGACAAAGUAGAAGAUGAAUCAGAAGUGUGCCAUAAAUCAAGCUCGCCCCCUUUAAUUCAACAGCCAAUCACAUUUUCUCCAGAAGAAAUGGAUAAAUACAAGCUCCUACAGCUACAAGCCCAGCAGCACAUGCAGAAACAGCUCCUACCGAAGCAUCUUCGAGUUUUGCCUGCUUCGGGGCCGGCUGCCUUCUCCCCGGCGUCGGCCAUGCAGACGGUCCCCGUUCACCAGCACACAUCAAUCACCACCAUCCACCACACGUUCCUGCAGCAUUUUGCUGUUUCUGCUUCCUUAAAUUCCCAUGGCAGUCCCCUCCCCAUAGCUCAUCUGCAUCCUCUUUCCCAGCCACAUUUUACUCCGUUCACGUUUUCCCCUCUGACUCCCACCAUCCUCCCGGCGCACCCCACUUUCUUAGCGGGCCAUCCCCUGCAUUUGGUCACCGCUGCCCCCUUCCACCCACCUCACAUCACACUUCAGCCCCUGCCCUCCGCCACAUUGAUCCCCGCGUUGUUUGGCCCUCACUUAAACCCAGCCACAGCUUCUAUCAUCCACUUGAACCCUUUAAUUCAACCGGUGUUUCAAGGUCAAGAUCUUUGCCAUCAUUCUUGCUCCAGUCAGAUGCAACCGUUAAAUGGAAUGAAAGAGGCCUUAAAUGUAUCAUCAGCGCACUUGAACUAAUAGGUGUGAAAGCCCCUCUUGCGGAUAAAUAAAACACAUUGUCACUACCUACAAAAAUGAUAUCUUUAAAGUGGUCUAUCUGAUUAAGAUUUUAAAUAUUGGUGCCAAUUCAAAAUGUUUCCAGUAUAUGAAUACGAACUGAAUUGCCAAUAUCAAAAUAGGAGCGUUUUAAGAAUUUCUUUUAACUCACAUAAAUAACAGAGCAAAUUUAAAAUAACUUUGUGGAAAGGUAAAGGGGAAUGUGCUAAAGGUGUGUUUGGAUGAGUUCUCACAUAAUGUUAUAAAAUGGUAACAGAAAACAUUUGGGCAGAUCACUGAUACUACAAAGAAAAUCAAACGGAAAAUAAUAUUGUAUGUUCUAGGUGUUUGUUGAGUGCGUGAAUGAAUAGAUCACACAAUUGGUUUUAUGCAUCAGAUAAUAACAAGAUCAGUGAAAUAAACUGCUUAUUAAAAAUAAUUCCAAUGGUUAACUACUAAGCUUUCAAUCAAUAUAAUCUGUUUCAAUCAAAAUAAUUUAUAUUUUCAUAGGAAAUAAGAGAUGGCAAGAAAUUUUCUGAUUAAUUCAAGGUGAAAAUUACUCUUUAAUGAAAAACAAUCUUUACACAGAUUGUAUCAUUGAGUUUCUGUGAAAAGUUGGAUUAUCUUCUUUUC